AUAUAGCAAUGGUAACACGUGGUUUGGUGGUGUAUACCUUGUUUCGUAACACGAUGGUUCUGGGUUCGAAUAUCUGCUUUUGUUUUUUUAACGAGUGUCAGUUUCGUAAUUAACUCUUCAUCUUCCAUUUGGGUUUUGCCGAUUCUGCAAUUUUGUUAUUCGGCCGCCAUAGAUUUAAAUUCAAAGAAUCUUCAGUUUUUAUGGAUUUUAAUUGUUGUUUACGUAUCAAAAUUAUAGGUUUAUCAAUACUCAAAAUCGCGAAAAAAAACUUUGGAAAUUCGAGCCUUCUCACCGUGUUUUAGAACGAACAGAACAUGAGAGAGAGAAACGUGUUUGGGGGUGGGGAAUAGGAUAAGUGGGUUAGAUCCGGUUAGUCCGGGCGGAUGGAUAGGUUUAGGUUGAGUUUGUAAAUACUCUAACACCUCAAGGAUAAGAUAGUAUUUGGCCACAUUUUCGAAUUAAAAGAAAAUAGAAAAGUAAUUCAUUUGAAAAGUGGGGCAUAAUAGAAUUUUUGUUGGAGGUUGUAGGGUAACGCAGAAUAAAGUCCAUUAUGGCGUUAGAGCACGUUUAUCGGCAUGUCUUAGCCGCGCUCCUUAGGAUAAUUAAUUAAAAAAAAUUAUGAAAGAUGAAAUUAAAACGAAGGCACGUCCUCUAAUUAAGCCCACGAAGUCACGCCUCUUAGGGCGACGUGGCACUUCGCUAUUGGACAGAGGAACGGUGGAGUCGAGAUUCAUUCAUUCUUUCUUUCCUUUCUCUUCUUGGUUCCUCUCCUCCUCGACGACAACGGCGAUUUCGAAAGCCGUCUCGGUGGAUCUCGUCGACGUCUCUGUUGGUUUCUAUCGUCGACGGUCGAUCUCGUCGACAUCUCUAUCGGUUAUUCUCUCCCCCUCGGUGGUUCGUCGUGGAAGGAAACAACCAAUUCUCUCUCUGUCGGUGGAUCUCGUUGAAGUAACCGGCGAUUUUUCUCCCUCUGGGUGGAUCUCGUCGAAGGAAACGGCGAUUGCUCUCCCUAUCGGUGACUCUCGUCGAGGAAGGAAGACGGUGACCUCUCAAUCGGUGGCUGUCUUCGAAGAAGCAAAACGGCUCUGUUUCUCUCGUGGUGACUCUCUGAGACGAAGACAAACGGCGAUUGUUUCUGAAGGGAAUCAAAAGGUAAAGCGUCUCUUUGCUUAUUUCAACUAUGCUUGUCUUUGAUUCUUGUUCAUGAACCGUAAGAAAUGGAAAAACUCUAAUAUUUUUAAUUUGUUUUCUGUCUUUGUGUCGUUACAUGGAUGGAUCAAGAGGCAUGAUCCUUGCAUGAUCCAUGAUUGAUAAAGAGCCGUGAAGUGGGCACAAUGUUCAUGCCGCCACGAUUGUAAAGGUAAAUCCUUUCUCAUUGAUCUUUGUUAUUGGAUAAAUCCUGGCAAUGAUUUUAGAACUGGAUAAAACCUCUAUCUUAGCUCGGUAAUUGUCGGAUCGGAUCUAGUUAUUGGAUAAAUCCUUAUUCAAUGGCUUACUAUCUCACCGAUGGUAUUUAUCCGAAAUGGACAACUUUUAUCCAAUCUAUUUCACUACCACAAGGUCCGAAAGCGGCUUUAUUUGCUCAAUGUCAAGAAGCUGUCAGAAAAGAUGUCGAGCGUGCUUUCGGAGUCUUGCAAGCUCGAUUUGCCAUUGUUAAAAAUCCAGCACUUUGUUGGGAUAAAGUCAAAAUAGGGAAGAUUAUGAGAGCAUGUAUCAUACUCCAUAAUAUGAUAGUAGAAAACGAACGAGAUCAACACACUCAAUACGAGGUUUCGGAUUUCCAACAAGGAGAAUGCAGCGGAAGUUCACAUGUCGAUCUCACAUAUUCAACAGAUACCCCUACAAAUAUCGCCAAUCAGAUGGGUGUUCGAAUAAGAAUUCGUGAUAAACAAGCGCAUCAACAACUGAAACGUGAUCUGGUUGAACAUAUAUGGCGUAAAUUUGGACGUGAUCAAGACACAACUGAAGUAUAAUGCCGCUUUCAAAUUAUUAUCGUUUAAAAGGUUAUGUGAGACUUUGUUUUAUUUAAUAAAUAAAUUUUAUCUUUUAAAAAAAAUAUUGUUUAAAUUUUAGUUUAAUAUUUUUAAUUGUUAAGAAACUUAAUUAAGAUACUAUCAAUAAACCACUAUAAUUAAGUGUAUCUUAAUAAUGUCUCUUAGCUUAAUGAUAAUCAUUAAAAAUUCAUUAAGGCCCACCUAAGAACCACUUAAGGGUUUUGCCUAUAAACAUGCUCUUAAGUCAACAAAUAGGAAACCUCCGUCAACUUGCACUUGAAAAGUGUGAGAACACAAUGACGAAACUGAAAUGUGAACAGAUGAUAAUUUCUCCUUUGAUUUCUUUUUUUUUUUUUGAAUCUUUCUAUUCAGGAUAUAAAAUCACUAAAGCUGGCUCUGAGUUUCCUACUUUCCCUAUCUCUCUAUGGCAUCUCCAUCUUCUUCAUCCUCCUCUUCUCGCAAUUGGCAGUACGAUGUCUUCCCGAGCUUCAGCGGAGAAGAUAUCCGUAAGAACUUCCUCAGCCACUUUCUCAAGGAGCUGGAAAGGAAAAUGAUAUUUGCUUUCGGGUAAUCUUCCCUUGGGCCUUAAUGUUUUGGGUUCUGCUCUGCGGGGCAUGGACAAAGAUUAUUGGAUAAACAUGCUGUCGAGAUUACAGAAUCGUUUGGAUGGGAAUAUUGAAAGAGUAUUAAGAGUCAGUUAUGAAGGGUUAUCUGACGAAGAUCAAGCCUUAUUUCGUCACAUUGCAUGUCCCUUCAAUUUGGAGAAAGUUGAUGACAUCAAGCUGCUACUCGCAGAUAGCUUUAAGAGUUUUGAAAUUGGGCUUGCAAACCUAGUUGCAAGAUCUCUUGUACAUGUAAGAUUGAACAUUGUGGAAAUGCACACUUUGCUACAACUACUGGGUAAGGAGAUCGUUCGUGAACAGUCCCGCAAUCCGGGAAAACGAGAAUUCAUUGUGAACUCUGAGGAUGUUUGCGAUGUACUUGAAGACUCUGAUGGUACAAAAAGGGUUUUAGGUAUAUCAUUAAAUAUAGAUGAGAUCGGUUGGUUUUUAAUACAUGAGAAUGCUUUCAAAAAGAUGGGUAAUCUCCGUUUCCUAACAAUUUUCACGAAUAAAUAUAAGCUCGACGAAGCGGUCAGAUUGCACUUACCUAACAACUUCGACCAUUUGCCGCCUAAACUCAAACUGUUAUGUUGGGAAGGAUAUCCAGUAAAAAGUUUGCCUUCUAACUUUUGUCCUGAAAGACUCGUCAAGCUCAAAAUGAAGAAUAGCAAGCUCGAAAAGCUGUGGGAAGGAUCUUGGGCAAGUUUUGCAUAGAUUAAAAUGGUUAUUCUUUUACCGUUUAGAUGACUAUCAUGUCUCACUAACUUCUGCUUUGUACUGUGUUUUUCUUUGUUGAGUACAGAACCUUGCAUGUCUCAAGGAGGUGAAUUUGUGGGGAUCUGAAAACCUAAAAGAGAUCCCAGAUCUUUCCAGGGCCACCAAUCUUGAGAAGCUUUAUCUUAACUAUCGUUUGAGUUGGGUGAAGAAUCCUUCCUUCAUGCAGAAUUUCAAUAAUCUAACAAAGGUGGAAACUCUUCCAACCCCCAUUAACCACGAAACAUCCAAAGGCCUCCACGUCGCAGAGUUUUGCAUGGAUAAAUUAAAAUUUGAGAAACUAGUGGAAGGAAUACAGCCGCUUAUGUGCAUGGGAACGACGCUGCCUGCGUCUUUGAAGGUGUUGUUUCUCUCAGAUAUCCCCAAUAUGGUGGCGCUUCCUUUCUCUAUUCAGAAUCUCUAUAACCUAACGGACAUGAAGAUUAUAAGAUGCACUGAUCUGGAGAUUCUUCCAACUGGAAUCAACCUUGUAUCUCUGGAACGUCUCAAUCUCAAUGGAUGCUCACGCUUGAAGACCUUUCCUGAUAUCUCAAGAAACAUCUCAUCCCUUUAUCUACAAGAAACGGCAAUAGAAGAGGUCCCUCCGUGGACUGAGAACUUCUCUAAGCUCAAAUAUCUACUCAUGAGAGGAUGCAGUAAGUUAGAGUACGUAUACCUAAACGUUUCUAAAUUGAAAGAUCUCGAGUUGGUCAACUUUUCGCAGUGUGGGGCAUUGUCUGGUGCUGAUUUGAGCGGUUAUCCAAGUGGCAUAGCAUUGGAAGGAGAGAUUACUGGCACGGAGUCACAAGCCUCCUCUUCUGGUCUAGACAACAAUGUCCCAAAAGUCGAGUUCAGUUUCAUCAACUGCUUCAAGUUGGAUGAAGAAGCUGUUCUUCAACAACUCUCUUACGAGAAACUCAUCUUGUCCGGUGAAGAAAUGCCGUUGUACUUCACUCACCAAACUACGGGAACCUCUAUGGCCUUCCCUCUUGUUCAGACCUCUCACUCUCCACCAUUCUUCAGGUUUAGGGUUUGUGCAGUGGCUGUUUUCGACUGUAAGCCCACCUCUGGUACCAUUGGAGUCGUUACAAAGGUGAAUUGUCAAUUCAAAAGCAGACUCGGAAGUUACUAUGAUGCCCCCUAUCAACACGACUGCUUCUUGGUAUAUCAGAACGGUAGUUAUCUUCUUUUACUAGACUGUGUUGUCCCUCUGAGGAACGAAAAUGCUACUCCAACGAAAGUGGACUACGAUUACGUGAAUAUACAGUUUGGUAUGAGUAGUAAUGAGUUCAAAUUAAAAGAAUGGGGUAUACGACUCUGGGAGGACUGUUCAUCAGUGGAAAACCGACUUGGUAACACAAACACUAUUCCACAAAUUUGUGAAGCCGAUGAAGACAAUGUGACGACCUGAAGAAACUUUGAUUCUUUGAUUGUGAAUCUUCAUGAAACUAGCAUGGCAAUGAACCAAGUCGCCUUGCUGGUUCUAAUGGAGGACAUGCAGAGAUUCUUCACUUCCUCCCUGGUUGAAAAGACGCUCUGGGGUAAAAACAAAAUGUCAUAAACCUUCUAAGUAAGAACCUAAAGAUUCUGUCACUGACCAAAGAGUUUGUUCGUUGGUGAUUUCAUACGCUGCCCUUCGUUUUCUAUUUUUGAUCAAGUUAUGUUUUAGUCUAUGAAGUGAAGUGUCUGCGGCUCUGUUUAUUAUAGUUGAUGUAAUCUUAUGUGAAAUAAUAUGUUUCCCUCUCUUUGACUUCAUUUGUUGAAACGUUUUGUUUGUGUGUUUUGUUCCUACAAGAGACUUGAAAAAAACUAAUCUGAUGUUCUUCUUUCUCUGUUCUGAAUGGUGUUAGAAUUAAACUGAUUUGGUUGGAA